UGUGUUGUGUUGAGCGUCGCAGACGCACAGUGCGCGGUGGUUGCCCGCGCGAGCUACACGUAUUCAAAACAGACCUUCAACUCUUGCGCAAGUCUCGCUCAAUGAUCCUUUUCCUCCACUCUAACAUUGUAGCCAUGCACAGAACUUUAGUUAAACUGUAUUAAAUAUAUUUAAAUUACCAUUCCACAGUGAUAUAAAAAGUGAUAUUAUUAUUAAAAUAUUAGUAAGUAGUGUUAAAUCCUGAAAAAUGGAGGCGAAGAAUUCUUUAUUUAUGCUGUUAUUAUUAGUUAUUAUUUGUAAUGGAAAUGCCCAAUUAUAUUUGUCAGGAGGGCCGAAAAGCAAUUACACGUUCCCAAAAGACUUCCUCUUCGGCGUGUCGACGGCAGCUGCACAGAUUGAGGGAGCCUGGAACGAGGAUGGUAAAUCGGAGAGUAUAUGGGACCACUUAGUCCACAACAACCCGAAUUUCGUCAAAGAUCAUUCGAAUGCGGACGUCGCUGCCGACUCAUACCAUCUCUACAAGAGAGACGUUGAAAUGAUCCGCGAACUAGGAGUCGACAUCUACAGGUUCUCCGUAUCCUGGCCGAGGGUACUACCAACUGGGUUUGCGAACGAGGUCAACCCAUUAGGAAUACAGUAUUAUAGAAAUCUUAUAGAUGAACUUGUCAAGUACAACAUUACGCCAAUGGUGACGAUAUACCAUUGGGACCUUCCCCAGAAGCUACAAGAUAUUGGUGGUUGGACGAACGCUCAUAUAGUCGAUUACUACACAGACUACGCUAAUGUUUUGUUUAAAAACUUUGCUGAUAAGGUGAAGUACUGGAUAACGUUUAAUGAACCGAUGCAAACGUGCUUGGAAGGUUAUGGCGGUACUUACCGCGCGCCUGCUCUCAACCGGCACGGCAUUGCCGAGUAUCUAUGCACCCAUAACCUUUUGAAGGCUCAUGCUAACGUCUAUCAUCUCUUCGAUAAACAAUAUCGCCCAUUGUAUGGAGGUAAAAUCGGUAUGUCCUUGGAUUCUAACUGGGCUGAGCCUAAAACGAAUUCUACAAAAGACAUUGAAGCUGCUCGUUUGUAUUUGACAACCCAUUUGGGCUGGUACGCACAUCCUGUAUAUUCGACUGAAGGGAACUACCCUCCGGAACUGAUUAAGUUGGUUGGCCAGAAGAGCCAAAAGCAGAACUACAGUCGAUCUCGUCUGCCAGAGUUUACUCCAAGCGAGGUUGAUUUCAUUAGAGGCACUGCUGACUUCUUUGGUCUUAAUCAUUACACUACGUAUUUACUCAGCAUGGCCGAUAAAGAAGUUGGUGCUAUUCCAUCGCAUGCUAAUGAUGUCGGCAUCAUUAGGGUUCAAGAUCCUAACUGGCCUUCAAAGUCCUCUUCUGACUGGCUUAAGGUGGUGCCAUUUGGCUUUAGGCGUCUGCUGCAGUACAUAACGAAGACAUACAACAACAUACCCAUCAUAGUCACGGAGAAUGGAUAUGCAGACUUUAGUGGAGUAGACGAUAAAGCCAGAGUGUCAUACUAUGGACAUUACUUGAAUGCUUUAUUGCACGCCAUUCACGUAGACAAAAGCAAUGUCCACGGGUACUUCGCGUGGAGUCUUAUGGACAACUUCGAAUGGGAUGACGGUUAUGUGUCCCGCUUCGGUCUGUACUUGGUCGACUUCAAGAGCCCCAACAAGACAAGGACGGCGAAGCACUCGGCCAAGCUGUACUCCAGCGUGGUGGCCACCCGAGGCCUCCCCGCGGACUACGACCCCGCAGACUUCACCGCCUUCUCCUCGGCGCCCAUCCUCGUCUCAACCAUGCUACCUUUACUAGCCCUCUACAGGCUACUCUAAAGGCCCUCGUUUACAAUACUUUUGUAUAUAAAACUGUACGUCUUAAUGUUAAACUACCAUUAAAAGUUAAGUAACAUUAA